CGAUCGCACCAUCACACCUCCCACCUCGACUCGCCUCGUUUUCCUCAACAUGAAGCUCACUGCUACUUCCGCCCUCCUAGCCGCGCUGUUCGCGGUGAUGGCCGUUCCAUCCUUGGCCCUUCCCAUACCUGCGGCACCUUCGUUUGAAUCACAACUGGAGGGCUUUGGCCGCCCAGGGUGCGACAAUAUACUCUGCGACGAUUGGGCUAGACGGCCAAAACACUCGCGUGCAGAUCGCCCGAUGGUACCCGCCGCUGUGAAGGCCAGGGAAAUGCGCCCAGAAAACUUCGCUCCACCCCCCGAUUAUGCCCUCACGAGUCACUACAGAGUGCAAGUGUCAGGACCGGGACAGGGAGACCGAGACCGGGAAACUACCGAAUCUGGGGCGACUCACGUCCAAGUGACCAAGGAGGAGGCGGAGCGGCGCCAGCGAGAAGGAGCGAAAAGCGCGACGGCACCUGCCCCGCACGCUCGCUCGGGCGAUUGGGAACAUGGUAAAGGUAAAAGGCCCGGAAAAGGGAGUGCCGAGGAAUUGGCGGCCCAUUAUGUUGGAGGCCCUUCGCAGAUGUUCAACCGCGUCGACGUGAUGAGGGCCAGGGCGGACCUGCUAGGUAAAGAUGCACCUCCAAAAAAGACUUAUGAGGACGUGAUGAGAGAAGGUCCGACAAAGCCUCCAUCAUCAAAGGACACAACGACACCUCAGUGGGAGCUACCAUUGCCUGGCGCAUACCGCCAUGACUACGGUUUCCCCUCUUUAGACCGUCCUAAGCCGGUCGAAUUCACACAAAAUCGUAGAGGCUCUCUGCCUGUACCGGAACACGUCUACUGGCAGGCUCGGGCGGACCUGCUUGCCCUAGACGCCGAGUCAAGAAAGGCCAUCGAGGGCGCCGAGGAGAGAGUAGCGAAACGCUCAAAGUCGGAAAAGCCCACAGCCAGCCCCGCAGACGACCCCUACUUUCUUAUACCUCAGCUGCAUCGGCCUAAGCCUGGCGCAUACCACCUGGACCAGCUCAAUCCCUCUCCAAACCGUCCUAAGCCGUUCGAAAUCAGACAAAAUCGUAGAGGCUCUCUGCCUGUACCGAAAGACGUCUACUGGCAGGCUCGGGCGGACCUGCUAGGUAGAGAUGCACCUCCAAAAAAAACUUAUGAGGACUGGUUGAAAGAGAAUGCGACAAAGCCUCUAUCACCAAAGCCAACGACACUGUCCACGAAGGUUCCGAAGUUAUCUGAACAGUACGGACCGUCCUGGCAGAAGAAUCUCCCCGCAGGACCUCGGGUCCGGGACAUGGCAGGCCUGAAAGAGCAAAUCGAGCGCGCGAAGGGUAUUGCCCGACUCGAGUCCGGCCCCGAAAGCGGGUAAUUCGUCCCACCUGGCCCACCUAGAAUGAAUCGUAGAGACUCUCUGUCUGUACCGAAAGACGUCUACUGGCAGGCUCGGGCAGACCUGCCUGCCCUAGACGCCGAGUCAGGAAUGGGCCUCUAGCGCCCAAAGGAAGAAGAAGCCAAACGGCUCAUUUUGGAAUCGGUCUUCCACCAAUUCGGCGGCGAUGAUAGAAAACGACGUGACACAUACAACUAUCCACCCUCCCGACAAGGCGCGAUUUGAUGUCUUGUAGUCGAGCGAGCAGCAACGAAAUUUGAUGAGCGCUUUCGGUUCAACAUACUGCUGCUGUUUGUUUGUAGCGAACAUAGACC